UGUGUUAAAUGUGUUAUAUAUGUUUUGGAAUUCGGACUGUCACUGCUCAUGUUUAUUAAAUAGGUAAGUACUAAUCAAUGUCUGCACAAACACAGUCAUUGUACAGUCAACGAGGAAAGUAGAAGUCUCACGACUACUUAAAACAGAGAUGACGGAGGUAAAAAAUGAAACAUCAAAGGGUGGUCCAAUGGAUGAGCUGUCGAAGCUGAGCAAAAGCCGAGAAGCCGACUGGCCUGCAGUACUAUUCUUCAUACAUAUACAUCUUCUCUCCAUAUACGGCAUCUGGCUGCUGUUUUUUGAAGUCAAAUGGAUGACUGUAUUAUUGCUGAUAGCCCUGACCUCGCUCGCAACGUUAGCGGUGAACACAGGCGCACAUCGGCUGUGGGCACAUCGCACCUACACCGCCACUAAGGAAUUAAGAUUUGUCCUCAUGCUUCUACACACGUUAGUCGGACAGGGGUCAAUAUACAGCUGGGUGCAGUAUCACAGACUGCAUCAUGCGCUCUUUGAAACAGAUGUAGACCCAUAUGACCACAAGAAGGGUUUCUUUUAUGCUCACAUGCUGACUCGCUUAAAGAAACUUAGCCCUUAUCAAGAAAAACUCAAAGAACAGAUUGAUAUGUCCGACAUCGAAAAGGACUCUAUAGUGAUGUUUCAAAAGAAUUUCUACUGGUUACUGUACGCAGUACUAUUUCUUCUAUUGCCACUCAACGCUCCGCUAGAGUAUUGGAAUGAUUCCGUCAUGAGCGCGGUCUUCGUUAUGGGUUUCUUACGUUACGCAUUAGUAUUGCACGCGGCGUGGCUCGUUGAAAGCGGAUUCUGCAUCUGGGGUCUCAAAGAAAACGAUAAGUAUCCAUCAGAUUCAAAUUUGGUAUUCUUCCUCAACCAAUCGUUUUGGCCUCAUUACCAUUAUCUCAUUCCACGAGAUUAUAAAUUGGGAGAAUAUGGCACUUAUGAUUCGGGUUGUUCGACGGCAUUUAUACGUGUUUGGGCCGCUCUUCGUCUCGCUAAGGACUUACGCACAAUUGAUUCAACCACAGUACAUGCUGCGCUGGCUGAGGCCAUCAAAACUAAGAAACCUUUAAAACUCUGCCUGCAAGAGGCAACAAAAGUACAACACCUACCUGAAGAUCAUUACUUAAAAUGAGGUAUUGUUAAUUAC